UACACCAGACUGCCUAUUAAUAAAAUUUCUCCUCUUUGAUAGCUCAAUCUAAGCUUCAAGUGAAAUAACUGAAGAGGGGAAAAAGCUUGUUUGAGACGAAUGGCAUCAAUGCUAAGUGCUAGCACCAGCACUGUCCUCAGGACAACCCCAUUUCUUGGACAGGGCGGGACCUCAUUUGCCAACCCUCUUAGAGAUGUUGUCUCUAUGGGCACUCCAAAGUACACCAUGGGGAAUGACUUAUGGUAUGGACCAGACAGAGUGAAGUACUUAGGACCAUUUUCAGCUCAAACUCCUUCAUACUUGACUGGAGAGUUCCCUGGUGACUAUGGAUGGGAUACUGCUGGUUUAUCUGCUGACCCAGAGGCUUUUGCCAAGAACAGAGCCCUUGAGGUGAUCCAUGGGCGAUGGGCUAUGCUUGGAGCACUAGGCUGCAUUACCCCAGAAGUACUUGAAAAAUGGGUUAGUGUGGAUUUCAAAGAGCCAGUGUGGUUCAAAGCUGGAGCUCAAAUCUUCUCUGAAGGUGGCCUGGACUACUUAGGCAAUCCCAACCUUGUUCAUGCUCAAAGCAUCUUGGCAGUUCUGGGAUUCCAAGUUGUUCUCAUGGGACUUGUUGAGGGAUUCCGCAUCAACGGCCUCCCUGGCGUCGGAGAGGGUAACGACCUCUACCCUGGAGGCCAGUACUUCGACCCUCUCGGCCUAGCCGACGAUCCUGUUACGUUUGCUGAGCUCAAGGUGAAGGAAAUCAAGAAUGGCAGGCUAGCUAUGUUCUCCAUGUUUGGUUUCUUUGUUCAAGCUAUUGUCACUGGAAAAGGUCCCCUGGAAAACCUCUUGGACCAUCUUGACAACCCUGUUGCUAACAAUGCUUGGGUCUAUGCCACCAAGUUUGUACCUGGAUCAUAAACUACUUCUCUAGGCUAUUUAUUUGUGGAUUGUGUGAAUGUACCAAGACUGGAAAGCUUCCAUGGAUUGUUACUUACAGCUUCUGUACCUGUAGAACUGUGCAUCAUUUAGAACGAAUGCAAAUGUUGGCUCAAUGCCAGCCUUUGAUCAAAAAA